AUGGCGCUCCUGUGGCUCGUGGCGCUGCUGCUGGGGCUCGCAGGCGCUGGCUACAUGUACGUCCAGCACCGCAGGGAGCUCCAGCGUCGAGAUGUGAAGCUUCAGAAGGAGAAGGAGGAGCUGGCGCGUCAGCAGCUCCAUAGUCUCAACAGCAAGAAGCACAGGAGCAAGACGAAGAAGAAGGUGGACGUGACGGCCGAGUUCAAGCGGAGGAAAGAAGGAGCUGUCGCUCAAGAAGACGAGGAGGCGGAGCAGGAGCGUGCUCUGCAUGUUCUCAAGGGCCACAAGUUUGGCCUCACAGCUGCUGCCUACAGUCCGAACGGCCGCUUUGUAGCCACUGCCAGCUCGGAUCGCUCGAUUCGUCUCUACUUCCGUGAGACGCUCAAGCAGAAGCAACCCAAGGUGCACCAUAUUACUAUGGAGUACGACCAUGCUACAGCGCUGAGCUUUAGCACGGACGGACGCAGUCUAGUGGCUGCUACGGAGAACGGCACGGUGAAAGUUUACCAAAAACUGCGUGCUAAGCCGGAGCUCGUGGCGGACUUUCCUACUUUGCACAAGACGGAUGUUCACUCGGUACUCAUGAACGAUAUUGGCAGCUGGGCAACGAUCAUUACGUGCGCGGGUGAUUCCGAUACAGAUGUCAAGUUUUGGAAUCUGAGUGGUGAGCUGCUACAGACGGUGAACACGAAUCAGGUUGCCAACUACCACUGCGUCGGUUCAAAAGACAAUCGGUACAUUGCCGUUGCCGCAUACACACCGGAGGUCAAGAUCUAUGAAAUUGCACGCGAGAAGUCGGGUGCCUUCCGGAAGGUCUCAAAGAUCAUGACGCUGCAAGGGCACAGGACGGGCGUGGUCGAUAUUGCAUUUGAUGGCUCUGAUGCGUUUCCAGUGAACCGCGUAGUUACGAUCUCUAAGGAUGCAUUAGUUCGUCUGUGGGAUAUCAAUGUGCGGUACACUCUCCAAGAGGAUCCUAAGGUACUGUCGGCAUUCGCUGCCAGUGGAGAGAAGCCGUUCCAGGCAGUUGAUUUUGCACCCAAUGGAAAGAUGUUAGUCAUGGUGCGGGGUAAGGACCUUGUCUUCGUACGAGCCGGUAGCAGCGAUGAGUUUUGCACCAUUCCUAACGCGAUUGAAGAUUCCAUCAAGCGUGCAGUGUUCUCACCGGAUGGAUCCGAGGUGCUUGUGCUUGGUAAGAACUGUAAGCAUGUUAAAGUGUACAAGGCACCGGAACUGUAG